CCAGAUUAUAGGUUCGUAUCCAGUCAGAGUCAAUCAAAUUCCUUCUGACCUUACCUGGAUGUUGUUCUAAAGUGAAACGUGUUCAAUUCUGAAAAACUGUAGCCCACUUCUGAUCAUUACUCUGCUCUGUGGAUGUACGUGGAGGAAAUUAAUAGAGUAUAGAGGGCAGAAUCUAGAGAAAAAGGGUGGGGUUGGGCUUGAAAAUCAUCAAUAACUUUACCUUUCCCUACCCGUAAGAAAAUUCGUUUUGGUAUUGUUUGUGGGUGAAGGCUUAUAUAGGGUUUGCCUUUCUUUGUUCUUUCAGUUUGAUCCCCCAAACCCCACAAACAAACAAACGAGAUGGAGGGAGAGGCUGGGGAGUUUCUAGACUGGGAGCUGCUCCACAACUCGGACAAUACUGGCCUGGUUAACUCGGUGGGUGCCGCCCUGGUUGAGCCGUCCGAGAAGGAUGGAACUCCGAGGAAUUUUGAGGGAAUCGAGGGUGACUCGGAGGGCAUGAUCAGGUCCGAUCACUUCUCUCUCGAGAAUCGGGAGAGGCAUGCCAAGACUGCUGUGGAGGGUGAUGUGAGCGAGGAGGGUGACUCGGUUCAGUCGGACAAUCCGAGUUGGGUCGAUCCGGGGUCUGAGACUCGGUACGCUAGGAGGAACUCGGGUGAAUUCUGGUCCGAUUCGAGUAGCGAUCGUUCCGAUGAGCGUAAAGUUGGUGAAUUUGAUUCUAAACACGAACUGGGUCUUUCAGAAACUGUGAAAAGCCAGGUGGGUUUUGAAGGAAUUGAAGAAAUGAAACCUGGGAAUGAAAAUUGGGGUAAAUUGGGCCCAGAUGAGAGUAAAUUUAGGGAGUUGGAUGUGAAACAUAAGGAUUCAAGCAAGUUCUGGUCUGAUUCUGGCGGGGACGCUUUGGUUUCGAUGGAAUUCGGGGAUAAUUAUGAGAACCAACGAGAACGGUUGGAGAUUUCGAGUGAUUUGGACGGUGGAAAUGGCUCGAUUGAGAACAAAGCAGGUGCAGAUGCAGUAGUGAAAUCAGAUACGAAAUCGGGCGGUGAGGGAGACAGGAGGAGGGUAGUUUGGUGGAAGGUUCCUCUUGAAGUCUUGAAGUAUUGUGUUUUUAGAGCUAGCCCGGUUUGGUCGUUCUCCAUGGCCGCCGCAGUGAUGGGACUCGUUAUCUUGGGAAGGAGAUUGUAUAAGAUGAAGAGGAAGAGCCAGAACUUGCAGCUGAAGGUUACUAUUGAUGAUAAGGUGUCGCAGUUCAUGAGCCAUGCUGCACGUCUUAAUGAAGCGUUUUCGGUGGUUAGGCGGGUCCCCAUUAUACGGCCUUCGCUGCCGGCCCCUGGCGUGACUCCAUGGCCUGCAAUGAGUUUGAGAUGAGUUCUUGUAAAAUAGAUACGAAAAGAAGGCAGUGUGUCUACCAGAUGAUAUCCAAGAUUUAUAUGUUGCUUUUGUAUUAAACCGUGUGAACUGGCUUUUCCUUUUAUGUAUGAUCUCUGAAGCUGUUAAAGACACUUUUGCAUCAAUUCGUGUUCAAGUGCAGAUUAUUAUUA